AUGGCAUCUUCGAAAACUUUUCUUCUUCUUGGUCUUGUCUUUGCUGUUGUCCUCGUCUCCUCUGAGGUCGUCUCAGCUCGCGAGCUGGUUCCGACUACUGCUCAAACCCAGGAAAAUGUAGAGAAGGAUAACUAUGGUGACCAUUUUAACUGCCACGAGCAUGGACUUUGGGAGCAUGGCCAUGGCCACGGACAUUGGGAGCACGGCCAUUGCCACGGACACUGGGAGCAUUGUGGCCAUGGCUGCCACGGAAAAUGGGGACAUGGUGCUGCUGAGAGUGAAAUAGAGAAUUAG